CACAAGCUGCACGUUCAAGACGUGACCUCGAUACAAACAGGGUGGAAGCAGGAAGUGUUUGGUACCUGCUGGUGAUUUCUGUCCAGCAUUCGAGAGACGCUCCCCGCCGUGGAAGCUCCUGUGUGAGUCGGUGGUAUCUCAGUGGGAAGGGGCAGACGUUCCCAACCCGGACUCUGCGGAGCAGCAGCAGACAGGAGAACAGGAAAAGUGCAGCAAGGACACACAAUGGAAAGACCCUGUGGACUCAUAACAGCCAGCAACACCUCGGUUCCUCUGAAGAGCAUCUCGGUCCAAGUGGAGGUGAAGGGGUUUGUGGCCGAUGUGUCAGCAACUCUGGAGUACAAGAAUGAGGAGUCCAGUCCUCUGGAGGCCAUCUUCACCUUCCCCAUGGACAGCGACUCCGCCGUCUACAACUUCCAAGCCAUGGUGGACGGGAAGACCAUCGUGGCUGAGAUAAAGGAGCGGGAGCAGGCCAAGGACAACUACGAUGAUGCCAUCUCAUCAGGGCAAGAGGCCUUCCUGCUCAUGGAGGACUUUGACAGCAGCGACAUAUUCACCUGCAGGGUGGGCAACCUGCCCCCAGAAUGCUCGGCAACUGUCUCCUUCAGCCUGGUGCAGGAGUUGCCCCUCGAGGCCGACGGGGCCCUCCGCUUCACCCUGCCCGCCGUCCUCAACCCCCGGUACACACCCGCAGGCACCCAGGGUCCCAGGAUCACCCAUGCCAGUGCCCCUGUGGACAAGCCCCUCUACACUUUGGACCUCGAGGCUCAUUUCCACAGCCCACAUGGGAUCUCCCGGAUACAGUCCAACUGCCAGGUGACCCCUGUGGAGUUUCUGAGUCCCGACAAGACGUCAGCCAAGCUCUCUCUGGUGAAUGGCCACGCCUUCGACAGGGAUGUGGAGCUCCUCGUGUACUCCGAGAACCUUCAUGACCCCAGCGCCAUCCUCGAGGCAGGGCUGACGUCUGCCGCUGCAGGGACACUGAUGGCUGACCCCACCGUCAUGGUGAACCUCUUCCCCAGAUUUCCCGAGAAUCUCCCCCAGGGUACAGUGGGCGAGUUCGUUUUCCUCAUGGAUCGAUCGGGAAGCAUGGGAACGUCGAUGUCCCACGGGAACCCAAGGUCCCGUAUCCAGUGUGCCAAGGACACCCUUCUCCUGCUCCUCAAGAGCCUUCCCAUGGGAUGCUACUUCAACAUUUACGGAUUUGGAAGCCACUUCACCUCGUUCUUCCCGAAGAGCGUUGAGUACAGUCAGAGUUCCAUGCAGGAAGCGUUGGCCAAAGUGAAGGAUAUUGGUGCGGACAUGGGUGGGACAGAGAUCCUGCAGCCCCUCUCUGCCAUCUACAGCACACCCUGCGUGUCAGGACGCCCACGGCAGCUCUUUGUGUUCACGGAUGGAGAGGUGUCUAACACCAAGGAGGUGGUGGCUGAGGUUCAGAGGAAUGCCCACAACCACAGGUGCUUUUCCUUUGGGAUCGGCGAGGGGGCCUCCACGGCGCUGAUCAAAGGCAUCGCCAAGGCUGCCAACGGGAGUCACGAGUUCAUCACAGGGGAGGACAGGAUGGAGCCCAAGGUGCUGCGGACCCUGAGGUACGCCCUCCGGCCGUCCGGGACAGGACUGACCCUCAGCUGGGACCUGCCCCCCCGGGUAGAGACCACCCUCCUGUCCCAGCUCCCACCCAGACUCUUCGACCAGCAGAGAACCAUUGUCUACGCUCAGCUGAAAGGGAAGAUCGACCCCACCCUGGAGUCAGGGGUGACUCUGAAAUAUUUACUGGGGGAACAGCAGGUGCAAGCUGUCACCAGGUUCAGUCUGAAACCGGUCGAGUGCAGGAGCUCCCCCAUCCAUCACCUGGCAGCCAAGGCAAUCCUCGGCAGGCUGGAGCAGCACCCAGACCGACAUUCGGAGGAGGUGAGGAGGCGCCUGGUUGAGCUCAGCACCCAGGCCAACGUGAUCUGCUCACAGACAGCCUUCAUCGCCAUCAACAGGGAUGUCAAGCAGCCCGUGCAGGGACCCCUGAUACUGAGGGAUGUCCCCCUCUACGCGAUACAUCAGGGUCUGCGACAGCCGGUGAUGGGGCAAAUGUGUUCGUUUGCAACGCAGGCUGCCUACUGUCAAGCAGUAUCGGAGGAGUGGGAAGAGGAGACAUACGUGGGCUGUAUGAUGUACGACUCAGGUCCCCUCGAUGCCUACACCACCCCUGCAACCCCCACUGCCCCGGAGGAGUCCCCGGCGCUGAGGCUGAUCGCACUGCAGAACGCAGACGGAUCAUGGGCUCCAGACUCGGGCGUGGAGUCACUGCUAGGACUAGACCCCGAGCAGCUCAGACAAGGCCUGCCCCAGGAGGACAUUGACCAGACUCUCUGGAUCACUCUGUUGGCCGUGAUCUGGCUGCACGCCUUCGCCGCGGACACCAAGGACGAGUGGGAUCUCCUGGUGAACAAGUCGCUGUCCUGGGUCAAGGCCGGAGCAGGUCUGGACCUUGCAGAGUGGGUGAAGGCAGGAAACCAGCUCUUGAACACCUCUGUUCUUCCCGAGACACUCGGCCUGUGAGGAGCUCCUGGUGAAUGGGUGACUCUGACGUGCUGCUCUCUCUGCCUCUGCCUGAUCCCUCCAGCUGUGGGCUGUCACCGGAGUGUUCACCCGCUGUGGUCUGCAAUGUAACCGGCGCUUGUAUUCCCCUCCCCAUGUUACACCGGACAUUUCGGUGAAGCCAUUGGUGCCUCUUGUGCGAAUCGACUUCAGGGGCUGCUGAUGCGUUGCAGUAACGACAGCGAUCGGUGUUCCCGUGGUAAUGACCACGAUCAGCAUUGUGUUAAAGGUGUGUGUAACCCCUUCUGUCCCCGGAAAACACGACGGCUCCUUUCAACCUCCUCGUCUCGUGG